GGUUCUUUUCCAGAGGUCGCUGCCGUCUCUGCGUCGUUGGCGCCAUCGUGCUCGAGUCUGCUUUUUUUUUUUUCUUUCCUCCCCUUCUUUCCCCCUUUCCUUUUUCCCGAAUCUUCGGCAGCCGAGGCCGGUGCUUUUCCAAGCGCGCCAGCAGCAUGGAGGACAGCGAUAUGGACAACAUGGGCUCCCUCCGCCCGCAGACCUUCCUUUUCGGCUGUGAGCUGAAGGGAGACAAGCCAUAUCACUUUAAGGUGAACGAUGAAGAAAACGAACAUCAACUUUCUCUAAGAACAGUUAGCUUAGGAGUUGGUGCUAAAGAUGAAUUGCAUGUUGUUGAAGCAGAAGCAUUGGACUAUGAAGGCAACCAGAUAAAAGUCACAUUGGCAUCCUUGAAGAUGUCGGUUCAGCCUACGGUUUCAUUAGGUGGCUUUGAAAUUACACCUCCAGUAAUCCUGAGAUUGAAAAGUGGUUCAGGGCCUGUUUAUGUCAGUGGACAACACCUUGUAGCUUUAGAGGAAGAACCAGAAUCUGAAGAUGAGGAUGAAGAUAAAGUACAACAAAAUAUGGUAAAAAGACCUGCAGGUGUGACAUUAGCUAAAGUUCCCCUGAAAAAAGCAAGGAUGGCAGAUAAGGAUUUUGAAGAUGAUGAUGAUGAUGACGAUGACGAUGAAGAAGAUGAUGAUGAAGAUGAGGAUGAAGAAGAGGAGGAAGAUAAGACUCCACAGAAAAAACCUGCCAGAGAUUCUUCUGUGAAGAAAACACCAAAAUCAAAACAGAAUGGAAAAGAUUCUAAAUUGGCAACACCAAAGUUGGCAACAUCCAAAUUGAAAACUCCAGAAUCUCAAAAGGCACCAGAGACUCCCAAAUCACCACGGCCUGCAAAAUCACCAAAACAAUUCUCUAUAGAGGAGAUAAAAGCAAAAAUGCAGGCAAUCAUGGAAAAGGGAAUGAAUCUUCCUAAAUUAGAAGCCAAGUUUGCAAAUUACAUUAAGAGUUGUUACAAGGCAGAAGACCCGAAGGUGAUUCAAGAGCUCUGGCAGUGGAGGCAGUCUUUGUAAGCAAGAAGUCAAAUGGCUCCUUUUUAAACGAUGGUCCUGUGUGUUUAACCAUUUAUACCUGAUUGAAGCUUUCUCUCCAGAGUCCAAUUAAUGUCGUCCACAUUAUUUUGGCAAGAAUGUAUGGUCCACAAUGCCUGUUCAGUUUUUUUUAAUACCAAGAUUCCAUCCUUUUCAUUUAAAAUAUGUAUGGAAAUGUUUUGAUAAUACAUACUAGUGGUGAUCUGGGAAGAAGGAGACUAAAUGUAAAUGUGAAAAUAAAAAUUUAGUAUUUUAAA